CCCCGCCCGCCGCCCCGCUCCGCCCGGGCGCUGUGGCGGCACCGCGUGCUCGGGCGCCGCUGCCCCGCUCCGCGCCCGCUCCGCGAUGGCUCCCGGAGUUACGGCGAUCCCGGCUGGACGCAGCUGAACGGCCGCCCGCGGGCGGGGGGACCCGCUCGCACCUCGCAUGUCCGCGGCGCCCGGGAAGUCGGAUGUGUACGGCCUUCCUCCCCCUCCUCCUCUCCUCCAUGGCCGUCGUGCUCCGGCUUCUCGGCCUCUCCGGGAGCGCUCCGAGGCCGGCGGGCAGCAGCGGCAGCUCCGCACGUCGCGAUCGCCGUAGCGAGGCUCGGCGCGGCUGCUCCCAGUGACCGCGCCCCAGCCCGGCCAUGUACCCCCAGGGCCGGCACCCGGCUCCGCACCAGCCGGGCCAACCGGGCUUCAAAUUCACCGUGGCCGAGUCCUGCGACCGGAUCAAGGACGAGUUCCAGUUCCUGCAGGCCCAGUACCACAGCCUCAAAGUGGAGUAUGACAAGCUGGCGAACGAGAAGACCGAAAUGCAGCGCCAUUACGUUAUGUACUACGAAAUGUCGUACGGUUUGAAUAUUGAAAUGCACAAACAGACAGAAAUUGCUAAAAGACUGAACACGAUUUUAGCCCAGAUCAUGCCUUUUCUGUCACAAGAGCACCAACAGCAGGUGGCCCAGGCUGUUGAACGUGCCAAGCAAGUGACAAUGACGGAGUUGAAUGCUAUCAUCGGGCAGCAGCAGCUCCAGGCCCAGCACCUGUCGCACGCUGCCCACGGCCCCCCGGUGCAGCUGCCCCCGCACCCCUCGGGGCUGCAGCCCCCCGGCAUCCCGCCCGUCAGCGGCAGCAGCUCGGGGCUGCUGGCCCUCGGCGCCCUGGGCAGCCAGGCUCACCUGGCCGUCAAGGACGAGAAGAACCACCACGACCUGGACCACAGAGAGCGAGACUCAAGUGCAAAUAAUUCCGUGUCCCCCUCGGAGAGCCUGCGGGCCAGCGAGAAGCACCGGAGCUCCACGGACUACAGCAUCGACUCCAAGAAGAGGAAAGCGGAGGAGAAGGACAGCAUGAGCCGAUAUGACAGCGAUGGUGACAAGAGCGAUGACCUGGUGGUCGAUGUCUCCAACGAGGACCCCGCCACCCCCCGGGUGAGCCCGGCCCAUUCCCCCCCGGAGAACGGCCUGGACAAAGCCCGCGGGCUGAAGAAGGGGGACGCUCCCAACAGCCCGGCCUCCGUGGCCUCCUCCAGCAGCACUCCCUCCUCCAAGACCAAGGACCUGGGCCACAAUGACAAAUCCUCCACGCCCGGCCUCAAGUCCAACACUCCGACGCCCAGGAACGACGCUCCCACCCCGGGCACCAGCAGCACCCCGGGGCUGCGGCCCAUGCCCGGCAAGCCCAGCGGCAUGGACCCCCUGGCCUCGGCCCUGCGGACGCCCAUCUCCAUCGCGGGCUCCUACGCGGCGCCCUUUGCCAUGAUGGGGCACCACGAGAUGAACGGGUCUCUGACGAGCCCCGGCGCCUACGCGGGGCUGCACAACCUCCCCCCGCAGAUGAGCGCGGCCGCCGCCGCCGCUGCCGCCUACGGCCGGUCGCCAAUGGUCGGGUUUGACCCUCACCCACCCAUGCGAGCCCCGGGCCUGCCCUCCAGCCUGGCGUCCAUCCCUGGAGGGAAACCGGCGUACUCGUUCCACGUGAGCGCGGACGGGCAGAUGCAGCCGGUGCCGUUCCCGCACGACGCGCUGGCGGGGCCCGGCAUCCCGCGGCACGCGCGGCAGAUCAACACGCUGAGCCACGGCGAGGUGGUGUGCGCCGUCACCAUCAGCAACCCCACCCGCCACGUCUACACCGGCGGCAAGGGCUGCGUCAAGAUCUGGGACAUCAGCCAGCCCGGCAGCAAGAGCCCCAUCUCCCAGCUGGACUGCCUGAACAGGGAUAACUACAUCCGCUCCUGCAAGCUGCUGCCGGACGGGCGCACGCUGAUCGUGGGGGGCGAGGCCAGCACUCUGACCAUCUGGGACCUGGCGUCGCCCACACCGCGCAUCAAGGCCGAGCUGACGUCGUCAGCGCCCGCGUGCUACGCGCUGGCCAUCAGCCCCGACGCCAAGGUGUGCUUCUCGUGCUGCAGCGACGGCAACAUCGCCGUCUGGGACCUGCACAACCAGACCCUCGUCAGGCAGUUCCAAGGGCACACGGACGGGGCCAGCUGCAUAGACAUCUCCCACGACGGUACGAAGCUGUGGACGGGGGGCCUGGACAACACGGUGCGCUCCUGGGACCUGCGGGAAGGGCGGCAGCUGCAGCAGCACGACUUCACCUCCCAGAUCUUCUCUCUGGGGUACUGCCCGACGGGCGAGUGGCUGGCGGUGGGCAUGGAGAGCAGCAACGUGGAGGUGCUGCACCACACCAAGCCCGACAAGUACCAGCUGCACCUGCACGAGAGCUGCGUGCUCUCCCUCAAAUUCGCCUACUGCGGGAAGUGGUUUGUGAGCACUGGGAAGGACAACCUGCUCAACGCCUGGAGGACGCCCUACGGAGCCAGCAUCUUCCAGUCCAAGGAAUCCUCGUCCGUGCUGAGCUGUGACAUCUCUGCGGAUGACAAGUACAUCGUCACGGGCUCUGGGGACAAGAAGGCCACGGUCUACGAGGUCAUCUACUGAGCCUGGGAUUUGCAGCACCGGGAAUGCUCCGGGAAUGCCGAGGGGAGGCCCCGGGCCCGGCCCCGCCGCACUCGGAUUUAUUUGGAGAUCUGCAACUCUGGCACACAUGGAAGCCCUAAACGGAUUUUUAUUUGGUUUUAAGGUUUUGGGGUUCCUUUUGAUUUUUUUUUUUGGUUUUGUUUUCCGGUUCUUUCCGUCUGGCUUUGGUGGCACUAUAAAGGACUCCUUUUUUUAUUGGGACUUUUUUUUUGUGCAUCCCGCAUAAGACUUGUGAAAAAUGUAAAUACUGGACUAGGAAAUAGCGUGGGAAGGGGGGACCCUCCCAGUACACUUAGUUGUGUAUUUUUGUCUGCUGUAAUUGUAUUCCACUGAUGGUUUUGGUGGUGGCAAUUUUAUUCUGGGGGUUUUUUUGGUUGGUUUUUUUUUUUUGGUUUUUGUUUUUUGGGGGUUUUUUCCCCCUUUUCCUUCCCCCUCCGGAAGUGUCCGUGGGGACUUUGCCAUCCAGGCUGAGCAGAGAUGUCCACUGGUGAAAAGUUGUUCCUCCUGUCGUGCGUCGUGUGUUAGUGAUGGUGGGGAAUCGCUCGGAUCCUCAGCUACUGACGGGACAUCAACACAAUCACCUUGGGGUUUGUUUUUUAUAGAUGGAUUUAUGGAUUUAUCCUUAUUUUUUUUUCCGUGCUUGGAUGUUUGAAGAAAAGGGGAAGCCCACGCAAGCCCUUCUUGGUCUUCGGACAGAAGCAAAUGAGGAGUGAUUUCAAAGAAAGCUUAGAAAAUUCAGCUCAGGGAGCCACGAAAGAUAAUAGCAAACUUAUGUGUUUUGUAUUCAAAUGAAAGUAAAGAAUUAGAAUUGAUAACCUUGAAAAAAAAAAGACAAAAAAAAAAUACAGUUUUUUUUAAAAGCGAAAAGUUUACUAACAAGUAGGGUUUGUGUGUGGUGGGGGGCUGUUUGUGGUCCUUGUGGGCUUUAUGGUCUUGUGUCUUCUGGUUUUAUGGAGCAACUCCCUCCCCCCACAGGCCUUUUGUACUAAAGGGUUCCAAAAAGGACAAAAAAAAAAGACAAAAAAAAACAA